CUCAUUACAAAUUCCUGUAACUCAGGAAACACCGCAAGAACGACAGAGUUGCACUGUUUGUCUUGUUUCCAAUGCAUUUUCCUCAUUCGUUCUUACUGCAGGUCAGCGCGCUACAAGGAUCAGAAGUCCAGGAUUUUCGUUUCAUGGGACUUCUAAGUCGAAAAUCGCCAUAAUUGUUUCUUCCUUCUGCACGUCUUCCACUUGAUAUGGUUUUCCAAAACGCGUUUAUUUCUCUGAUCGAAGGCUAACUUUAAAGACAACGUAUAAUGGCUACCAAGAAUGAGAUAAUCUGCAGCGCGUUUCAACAAGAAGAAUAUUGACUGCUCUGCCUCGAUACAAUAUAUCAUGGGAAGUGGAAUCUCAAAAAAACAAACUCAAACGCCGGCGACACCGACGAAGAAGAAAGGAAAAAAGGACGGGUACCUGUUAAAAAGCGUUAAGGAACACGAGGGAGCGAUAAACGCGAUUUGUAUGAGCCAUGAUGGAACCACGAUCGUCACCGUUUCUGAAGACAAGACUGGUCGCCUUUGGGAUACAAAGACUGAAGAGUGUGUAGGAUUAUUACAUGGCCAUAAAAGUUAUAUCAUAAGCGUGUGUGUUUCGGAAAGGUAUAUAUUUACCAGUUCGGCCGACAAGACUGUUCGAAAGUGGAACUUAGAGAGCGGAGCGUGCAUUAAAACAUUUCUCGGCCACACUUCAAAUGUAAAUCGCGUAAUUUGCUCAGGGGACUUAGUGUUUUCAAGUUCUUACGACAAAACAGUGAAAUGCUGGCAUGCAGACACAGGUGAAUGCUUACGAACUUUCCGCGGGCACCGGUUUUCGGUGACGCCGCUGUUACUAGUGUCGGAUUCAAACCGUGGAGCGGCUUUCGCAGCAGAUUUGGAAAACAAUGAUGACAUUCUCAUUUCUGGUUCGGUCGAUGGAACAGCUAAGAGCUGGGGAAUGAAUUCAAACGAAUGCCUCGUUACUUACAAAGGACAUGGCGGAGCAGUGAACUGCUUAGCCGUGGAUGGUAAAGGAAAAACUUUAUUUACUGGUUCGGCCGAUUCGACGAUUCGUUCUUGGGAUCUUCUCACUGGAGCUCCCAUAAAGACUUUUCAGGGUCACCAAGGCGCUAUUAUACAGCUACAGGUACGCGAAUUAAGUGUGGAAUACGAUAAUUUAAUAAAUACCCAGUUAUUUUCCUAUAUAAUUCUUGUCCUUUUAAGAAUGAAUUGUGAAAUAGUUUACACUUACAAAUCAACGAAAAACUUCCUGAACUUGUUUAUGAAUGCAAUUUCAAAUUAUGAAUAAUAAUGCAGUUGAAGGAUCCAUUAGAAAUGACAAAGCCGUUUUAAGCCUAUAAUUUCUGAAAACAGUGAUCGUUUAAAUAACAUGUGUCGUUUACGAAUGCAUCUGGUUUACAAACUGGUUUCUUAAGCCGAUUUUUUUUAUGUCGGCGGCUUUCUGAGAGCGCGGAAAUUAUCUGUUUUCUGAAAGCCUAUUUUUAACCCAAGCACCAACGGAGCUUUCCCUUUCUAUGUCAAUUUAUCGCUUCGUUGAAUUCUGUUGUGCUAUUACGAAGCAUUAAGAUUGUCGAAAUUACUUCUUCUUAGAGUAUUCACUAUCUUGGUUAAAAAAAGUACUUCACUUAAAAAUUUAUCUUGCGAUAAAAAUUGACACGAUGACAUCUCUCCGUCUACAUUUGAUCACACUCUGUGGUUUCUAAAUGCUGUCUAAAUGCAAUCGCCGACGACAAACAAAUUUUUCACAUGAUAGCUUGUUUUCUGUGUGUAUUUAUCGGCUUGGAUAUGUGAAUAAUAAGAAUCAAACAAAAAAGGGAAAAAGGAAAACAAAAGAAGCGCUGUAACCCCAUUAAAUUUGGGCUAUUUCUUAGUUUUCCUUCUUCUGCUUCAGGGUGUUUUAUUUCAAUAAAUUAUAAUUAUUCCUGUAAAACCUUAGUCUUACGCGAAAUUCAAUGGCUUACAACUUAUUAUCGUUCCACUGUUGCCGAAUUGCCAUUGUGUUUAUUGACUUUUUUAAAAAUGUACAGUGCACGCUAAACGAAUUGGGUUUGUGGUAUCGCUUAGUUUGUUACAAGGAAUGAUAUGUGAGCCUUUCUUUAUUUUGCCUGAUUAAUUUGCGCCAAAAGGCUUGGUUGUCGUGGAAACAUUAGCAAUAUGCAUUCAAUUUCAUUACGCUUUUAUGUUGGUUUUGCAAGCUACUUGCAGACCUGUCUAUGAAUUAUUUGUGGUGACAAGUGUUAACACCGAUAGCUUAAAAGGAGAAUCUGCUUUGUCAAAGAAAGCCGACUUAUGAGAAAAAUGGUGUCGUCAUUUGCUUCAAUAAUUAUUUUCCUAAUUAGUGAGUUUGCCUCGAAAACUCCUACGUAGGACGCGCUGUUGGCGUUGUCGACAUUGUUUUUCGUUGAUUUGCCAUAAAACGGACCCUGAACACAGAAAAAUAACACUGAUAGACUGCAAUAUUAUAAACACGUGUAUACAAGCAUCCUUGCUGGAGGCCAUCUUUGCACUUCAUUUAACUUUGCAUGUAAGCGGGCUUUCAUAUAUCAGUUGCAAAACAAAUUUGAAACCACCAACUCCACUUUGCUUUUUAUUGUUGUUGUCUGUAGCCUUCUGAUCAAAAUGGUCCAUUUUCAGUUCUUUAUUUUGAAUUCAGAUCGCAUCCAGUUCCAGAAAUAAUGUCAAAUUUUAAAUAUUAAUGACAUAACCUUUGAAGAGUGUGGGAGCAGAUGCAUGUAACAGCUUGCUAGCUUAAUACCCACACUUUGCCAUAAGCACAAACCAGCUUUUAAGUGAGACAUUACUGUUACCAAAACUUCGCUUUGGUCACUGAGAAUUUACUACAAUACUGGUAUCGAAAUAAGGACUUUAAACUGUAGCAAUAAGAAUAUAGAAAUAAAUUUUUUAGCAAUCAGCUGUUAGUUUCAUUUAAAUAUUCAAAUGCAUCAAAUCUCCCAUCUUUUUAUCUUAAGACUGAUUUAGAGAAUACAGCAACAAAAUUCCAUAUUAUAGCAGAUUUAUUUUAAAAUCAGCUAAAUAAUGCCUUGUUUAUCUCUCAGCCUUCACCCUUUCACUCCCAGGUGUGACUAUAAAGUAAUUUCUCCUUACAGAAGCAGGCAAAAAGUUAGUUAGAAACAAAACAUCAACUUGGUUUACAUUCUUUUAAUACUUUUCAUAGAUUUAUUAUUUUCAAUUAUCAUUACUAUUGUGAUUAAUUUUCUUUUUCAUUUAUUUAUCUUUUCUUUUGUGUAUGGUAAUACCCAGAAAGAAACAAUACUCACAAUACUGUUAUGAGCUAAGUAUACUUGACCACAUUGAUAAAGGUUUCUUACUUACUUACUAAUAUUCAUGUAGGGAGAUACAUACACCUAAUUCUUAAUACUGCACGAAAACAAGAUAAGAUCCAACAGUGAAGACUACUAGAAUGAUCAGCAGACUUUAUCGUUUUAGUACUUAGUCUGAGUGUACCAUAGAAGUAUUUUCUCAUUUACAUCUGAAGGUUGUCAACAAGCUGAUGUACUCCUGUAGUGCAGAUCAAACGGCAAAAUGCUGGGUAAUUGAAUUUGGUGACUGUACGCGGACGUACAAGGGACACAAACAUACAAUAAAGAAUCUACAAUUCUCCGAUGGCCUACGUAAGUUAAUAUGCAAGUUAUUUUCACGUGCUUAGUAUGGCAUUUGCUGAGUUCAUAACUGAGAGGUAGUCUAUGCUCUUAUGAAUAAUUGAUUAAACUCAAUCAAAAUAACUUAGUUUAAAUGAUACUAUUUUGGCUUUGUUAAGGGAAAUGAGCAAAAAUCAUACUUUUCCUUAUAAAAUAUUAAAUUCUUAUAGAAGAAGGAGUGUGUUUAAGCUUUGCAUACCACCAAUAAUAGAAAUUGAACCAAUAAAAGCCCUGCAAUAGGUGCAGCACUUAAACAACUGACAUUUCAAGCCAGUGAUAUCCAAUUGGUUCUCACACAAGUGCUUAACAAACUGAGCAAGGAGGAAUACAAAAAAAAACAACAACAAAAAUUAUGUAAUUAUAUAUUGGUUGAGCAUUCCUUUUUUAUGUUUGGCACAAAUAUUGGGUAAUCCUUGUGAACUGUAAGAUGUGCAUGACCUACACAAUUAAAUGAAAAAAUUUCCACUCAUUCACUUGACUUCUACUGAGUGGAAUGGGGGGGGGGACAUAAUGGCCUAGGGAAGGGGAGUGGGGGGGGAUAAGACAACUUAAGAUUACUGAGAAACCUGUAUUGUCCAAUCUCUCCCCAGUAAUUACCUGCAGUGGAGACAAGACCCUCAAAGUAUACGAGUCCAAAUCUGGCAUGUGUAAAAGAACAUUCAAUGCAGGUAUAGAAGCAGGACCAGUUAACUGUUUUGUGGUGAGUCAUUUUAAGUGUUAUUGUAUCCUAAUUCUAAGAUAAUCCUCCAUGAAGAAUAAAGAAUUAAUCUCAAUGAUGUCAUUGCAGAAAAGAAGCCUGGAAAUAUUCAGGCUUCCAUGGGAAUCCAACCCAUAAAUUCCAUAAAUUGUAUUUCACAGAUACUCUGAGUUCUCUGCUUGUUAUCUCAAGUACAGGUCAACAUAAUUAUUAAAAAAAAAAAUUCUUGAGAAUUUCAAACAUGUUUAACAUUAUGGAGACAUAGACUCUGAAGUGUUAAGGUGUUCUAGCCAAGAUUGCCCAAUUAUUAAAUCAUCAUUAUGUACUGAAAACACUGGGUACCUGGUGGCAUCAUUUUGCUCCAUUUCAUCCAACUGUCCUUUUCCUUAUGCAAACAUAUGCUUGUUCCAAACUGAGAUGAUACUCUGCAAAAGAAAAUGACCUUAAUCUUGAAGAUUAUUAAAAAAAAUAUUCAAAUUAAUUCACAAUAAAUUGAUUUUGAGUAAUCACUAAAAAGGAGAUAAUAUUGCUAUGUCCUUUCAUGUAUAAUGCUGUCCUUUAUGUUACUUUUCAGGCUACUAGGGGAAGGCUAUACAGUGGCUGUCAUGAUGGCAGCCUAAUAAUCUGGGAUGCCACAAAACUUAGAGAAGAUGAAGAUGACAUAUACCAAAAUUUCCAGGAAAAUGGUGUUAAAAAGUAAUUCAUAAAGGCUGGGUAACUUGGAUCCAUAAAAAAAAAUCAAACCAUGCAACUCAACUUAACAUCAUUUGCACAUGAAUUCUUCAUUAAGAGAUGGGGGGCAGUUCUGCAUAGCUGUGUGUAUUAACAAAGUUAAAAGCUUCACCAUUUUCUUGAGUUCUAAACAAAACAACUGCACCUCUGUACUCUUCUGACUCCUCUGUCACAAGAUUGCCACUAAGGGUUUUUAGAACUUGCAAAGUAAAAGGCAACUCUAAAUGAAACCAGUUUGGUGUGCAAAGAAAUGCUAGAUGCUCUAUUCAUUCUCAGUGGAAAGUUUGCACACAAGAUAAGAAGUAACAAAGUGCUGAAUUUCAGUUAUAGCCAUCUACAUGUCUAUCAACCAGUAAGUUCAGCAUGUCUGACUAACAUAUAUGUGAUGGUGAUGAUGAUGAUGAUUACAAUGGAAGUGAUGGUGAUUACAAAGGAUCGUGUUGUCUUUUUAUUUUUUGCUUGUUGAUUUUUUUGUUUACAAAACAUUCCAACUAAAACUUCCAAUCAAAUAAUUUCUGAGAAAUAAUAAAUAUUAAGUGCUAUGCAUACCUUGAUUCACAUGCUUGUGGUCAUGCCACCUGUGAAAGCAGCAUUGCUAAAAAAAAAUCUACAUUGUAUGAAACACAUUUCCCUGGAUUGUAAAUGCUCUCACAAAAGUUAAAAUAGACUGAAGUUGUACAGGUUGUAAUGGAAUGUUAACUUUCGAUUGGGAAUUCAAGAUCUGACCAGUACUGCAAAUUUUUGUAAUGCAUUACCACCAAUGUCCCAUCAAUGUGGUUGAAAAAUUAGCCACUUGAGAAUAUUGGUACAUACUUUUUGAGUACUAAUUGUCCUCUGCUUGUUAUUUUUUUCCUACACAAAAUAAAUGUUUAGCACAUUGCUACAAGUCCAAAUCAAAAAUUCAACUCUGCUAUUACAGAACUUGAGCAAAAUAUCUUAAAAUUGUACCACCAUCUUGGUGAGUCUACUAGGUGUAAAAAAAUUUGAAUAAAUAAAUUGUUUCAUGUAAUGAUCAACUAGCUUAAGGUUUAAAGAUUACAACCAGAAAUUAUUUAGUUACUAAAAGUAAAUAACAUGGUAAUGAACAGCCAAGAGACAAAUUGCUGGCAAUUUGGGUGAAGUAUUAUCAAAUUGACACUCUAUUUGUUGACAUACCGUAAUUGGAUUUGACACACUGUUGGUAAAAGGAAAAAAAAAAAGCAGAUUUCAAUUGAGGUAGAUUCACGAAUAUACUUAAUUUGAUGGAUCCCUGUUUAGCCAGAAAUUAAGAGCAAAACACCACCAGAGCUUGAUUUAGGUAUACUUUAGGUAUACUAGAUAUACUUUGUAAAUCAGUGUACAAAAAAACAAGUGUGACAAAAACAUUUUUUUCAAUAUUUCCAUUCUUCAAUACAUGGGAUACAGGGUAGCAGAUGAAUUAAAAAUAGUUUAAAGGGAAGGACAAAAAUAUGUUAUUAAAAAGUGUUUGUAGAGGGAAGGAGUUGCCCCCUUUGUGCAUUAGCCACAGCCUUGGAAACAUAGGAAGCUUAGUCUCAAACAGCUGUCCACUAAUGGAGCAACUCACAUAUCUUAGCAGACAGUGAAUUUCUACUCUAAUGCUAUCACUCCUCUAAAUGAAGACAUAGAAUUAAUGUAUUUUGCAGCUGUAAGUAUGUGCAAUGUAUAAAUACAACUUCAUCCAUGUGAAAUUAACACAUUAGACACAAAAUGAUUAUAAUGAUAACUUACUCACAGGAAUUGAUAAAUAACAUUAUACAAUCAGAGUCAGACUUGCAGAUUUUUUUAAAUUGAUAUAUAAUUAUCAAAUUAACAUUUUCCUUUACUUGACAAGUGUUCCAAAGAAAGAUGAGUUUUCUUCAUCUGGUAUCAUUAUAUCAUAAUUUUACUCAAGCUCUUCAAGGCUGUACAAAGUAAGUUUUUUUUUUGUCUUCAAGGUUAAUAUUUCUAAACAUUUAUACUGUUUAUUUAGCAAAAGUCAGUAGAAAGUUUCAAAAGGCAAACAUUUCAAUGAAAGAACUUUUUUUAGAUUAAAGUGACAGCUUCUAAUCAGUAUGACAGAUAGAAAGACUUGGGUGUGUAGAUCUAACAAAACAACAAAACAGUACCAACUUAAGCAAACUGGCAUGAAAAGACCAGAUAAAGUGGCCACUACACAUUAUUCAGCCAAAGGCAAAUGACUCUUUUUUCUAGAUUUUGAUGAAGUCAUGUAUCUUUGUUUGUGUAUCAAGUAGCACGGAGCAGUUAUGCACUACUGGAACAUUUACAGAUAAAACAUCAAGAAUUUAGAAACAGAUAAUACAAAUACAGUGGUAAAUCCAUGUUUCAUCAGUGUAUAUUUACAAGAGAGAAAAACAAAAAAUAAACUUUGCACC